AGAGCUUAGCAUGGGAGCAAUGAACUGAAGCUCUGGUGUUUGACGACUGAACGGAUGGAUGGAGGUGCUGGUACGAAACCUUAUUUGACAUCCACUACUUUGUGCCGACCACGUUGCUGAGCACUUCAGGUGGAUUUACUGAGAACAGAAACUACAUAGAUGGCAAACAUGGCCUCAGCCUCAUCCAGCAGCGAAAGUGAGUCGCAAAGUGUGCUUACCUGGGAGCAAGUGAGCCGCUUGAACGACGUGCUGACAGAGGCCGUGCCAGUUCACGGACGUGGCAACUUUCCCACCCUGGAGGUCCGUCUGAAGGAUAUCGUACAGAUGGUUAGGAACCGUCUGGAGCUGAGGGGUAUUAUGGUCAAAGAUGUCCGCUUGAACGGCUCCACCGCCAGCCACGUGCUGGAAAAGGACAUUGGCUGGAGCUACAAAGACCUGGACGUCAUCUUCAGGGUAGACCUUCCUCGGGAAGCGGAGUUCCAGCUCAUCAAAGAUGUGGUUCUGAGCACUUUGUUGGACUUUCUGCCAGAGGGGGUGAACAAAGAGAAGAUCACUCCCAUGACCCUGAAAGAGGCCUACGUCCAGAAGCUGGUCAAAGUCUACACAGAGCAGGACCGCUGGUCCCUCAUCUCGCUGUCGAACAACAACGGCCGCAAUGUGGAACUUAAGUUUGUGGACUCGAUCCGGAGACAGUUUGAGUUCAGUGUGGACUCCUUCCAGAUCAUUUUGGACUCUGUGCUGUCAUACUAUGACUUCUCAGAAAACCCCAUGUCUCGGCACUUCCACCCUACUGUGGUCGGGGAGAGCGUGUACGGCGACUUUGCCGUGGCUCUGGACCACCUCAGGAACAAGCUCAUCGCCACCAAACGGCCGGAGGAGAUCCGCGGAGGCGGUUUGCUCAAAUACUGCAACCUCCUGGUGAGGGACUUUAGGGCCACGGACGAAGACGAGUUUAAGGCCCUGGAGCGCUAUAUGUGCUCCCGUUUCUUCAUUGACUUUCCCGACAUUGGUGAGCAACAGCGCAAACUGGAGGCUUAUCUGCAAAGCCACUUUGUCGGUGAGGAGAAGAACAAGUACAACUACCUCAUGAUCCUGCGACGGGUCGUGAACGAGAGCACCGUGUGUCUCAUGGGACACGAGAGGCGGCAGACGCUUAACCUCAUCUCCCUGAUGGCGUUUCGUGUUCUCGCCGAGCAGAACGCCAUACCUGAUGCGUCCAGUGUCACCUGCUACUACCAGCCGGCUCCGUAUGUCAGAGACCUGAACUUCAACAACUACUAUGUGGCCUCUUGUAACCAGUCCAUUCCAACUUGGUUGCCUUGUAACUAAGACUCAAAGAUGCUUGUUCAACAACAAAAUCCAUGAGUUGGCCAGAAAGCCGGAUAUUUGGCCGUAAGGGAUGUUUCCCUCUGUAGGCAUAAAGGAUAUUUAAAAUGACAA